AUGGUGACCCCGGCUUGUUAUCCACCCAGCGACGUUGGCAGGCGAUAUAGUCGUGCCUGUCCUCCAUAUCCGAGCGCAUACUCGGAUCGACGCUACCACUCGUCACAAGACGUAAGAUCAACCGCUAUGACAGAUCGCGAAAUAGAUUCGGAGUCAUCUCAGCCUCGAAAGAGGAUUGCAGUGGCAUGUGGUCGAUGCCGCAAGCGCAAGAUCCGAUGUAGUGGCGACCCCGGGAAUGGGCAACCAUGUAGCAAUUGCAAGAACGCAGGCCAUGAGCCUUGCCUUUUCUUAAGGGUUUCUUCAACUGAGACUCAACUUAGGAAUGACGGCAACGAAUUUGGGUACAACAUUGAGGUGGCGAGGACAUACAGCAACCAGACAAGGGUGGCUGUAUCUCAGCUCAGUGCGGUCCCCCAAUAUUCUGGCGAAGAUGUUAUAGCAUCGUACCGCCAGGGUCACCAAUACACCUCUUACGGGGGAAAAUACCCUUACUCGACCGUUCCGGGGUGGACGAGUACAUACUCAGAUGAAGGCGUCGAAUACAACGGUCUUAAUUACCCCUACCAAAUAAUAAGCCAGGAGCCUGCUCAUAUAGUGCAAGGAUAUGGGCGAUACGGCUCAGGGAAACCGGUUUAUGUCGAUCCGGAGAGCUCGCAGUAUUCUUUUGGGAGCUUAGCUCACCGCCCAGUUACAAGCAGCGAAUCUCCCACCGGGUUUUCGCUUUCUGGAAUGGCAGCAUCUCUCCCCAACGCUUCAGAUCGGAUUGUCCCUUCUGAUCGGCUACUUCCCCAGGUCAAUAGAACAUUAACGAGCUCGUCUAGCUAUCGGCCGGAUGGGAUCACAAGCUACGCCGGUUCGAAGACGUCUCCGGGUAGCUCGAUGUCUGAAGUCAGCUACAGUAACUUGAACUCUACCUCGUUCGAACCUCCGUACUCUACCGGUACUCCCAAUCCGCUCCCAUCACAGCGGUCAGGUAGCCAUAGCGACGCGACCACGUACGAACCAAAUACGGCUCCAACGACAGACGCUUUAUAUACAUCAGGUGCUGACCAGUCACUUCGGCCCACCGAGGAUUCAAACUCCAGUUUCAGUUACAUCUACAGCGACAAGCUUGAAAGUUCUCGACGCAAUUCUCAAUCGAGUUGCGGGGCAAGCGGCGGAUCCGUGUUGCCUAACGGGCACAUCUACGUCCCUGAUUCGCAUCAUACGCACGCCGGUUCAUCUCAGGCGUACGUCUCUCCCCAGGAUAGCGCAGUAGAUGGAGCCACUACGUCGUCUAGUCGAGGAGGUAGCGGCAACGGCCCCUCGCAUAUGCAUAUGGACGGCCACCGACGAUCGGCGGGAAACCUCCGUGGGGGAUAA